AUUUUUCAGCAUCUGCUUGCGAAAGGAAAAUGAUGUCUUAUUAUUUUGUUUUCAUAAUUGCAUCCAUGGCGGUGGUACAAUUUUCAAAGGUUGCCGGACACGGUUACAUCUGCGAUCCUCCCGGCCGAUCUUCCAUGUGGAGGAAAGAGUGCGGUGGGUUCUCAACACCGACAAAUGUCGACGACAUGGGCCUCAACUGCGGAGGAUUAGAGGUCCAAUUUAAUGGAGUCAAUCAAGGACGAUGUGGCGAAUGCGGUGACGAAUGGAGUUUACCGCGUCCGAGGUCUAACGACGAGGGUGGCCUCUACGGUACCGGAGUAAUCGGGAAAACCUACCGCCAAGGGAGCGUCAUCAACGCUACCGUGUUGUUGACAGCCAAUCACUACGGCUUUUUCACGUUCCGACUCUGUCCGAAAACAUCUGCCCAGCAGUUGGUGACGCAACAAUGUUUGGAUCAACGUUUGCUCACCCUCUCCGACGGAUCUACUAAAUUCCUCAUUCAAACGCUAGGUGUUUAUUUCUACCCGAAGAUCCAAUUACCACCUGGGUUGACGUGCAACAACUGCGUUCUCCAAUGGCGUUACACAACUGGUAAUAACUGGGGAAUUUGCGAGGAUGGAACUGGUGCUGUCGGCUGUGGCGAUUAUCAGGAGACAUUUGUCAAUUGCGCCGACAUAGCCAUCGUUUAGGCUUCGUUACUUAACCGGAACUUCAAUGAAUAGAACGAUUAGUAUAAAACGGCCAACUUGGCCCUGUACCCCAAAAAUUGUAUCGUCAUUUUCUUUUUCAGCUUUCAAAGCCCUCGGCUAAAUUCAUAUGUAAUCCAAAUUGACCUUGAUAGCGUGAAUAUAAGUAUAUGCUUGGCAUACAGCGUAACCUCAUCUCUCGUUGAGAGCAAUACAUUUAUAACGAAGUUCA